ACACGCCGUUGCUUAUGGUCAUCUUCACCGUGCGAUUAGCAUUCAUACCUGAAGAGUGAAAAAAAAAAUUCCCCGAAAAAAAUAAAAAUAAAUAAACAUUUAAUAAGCCACAGGACGAGGGUGGACUCAAAUUGCUAACGCUAUUGUCAGAAACUCUGGUUACCUAGUGCACACGAUAAUUCUCUAUCACUUGUGAUUCGGAACUCCACAUACCUAACGGCGACGCCUAGUUCCAGAGAGCUGAGCUAUAAAUCAAUUCAAACUUGCUCCUCGAGGUUAGCACCAUCGGCCACCGCCUAAUCGCUAACUUCCCUUGGCUCCGACUUUCACAGAUCGUCGAGGGUGAGGGGUAUUCUUGGACGUCAAAUUAUCACCAAUGUCUCGAAGAUUCAGCGCACGCAAUAUACGCCACAGCGGUCCCCAUUCAGACGAAAUUAGUUACUCAGAGGAGGAGGAUUCAAGACCUAGUGGAGGAUCAUAUAGUCACGGACGAGAGCAAUCGGACGAAGACUCUUACGAGAGUGAAGAAGAGGAAGAAGACUUCGAGGACGACGAUAUUGAUCCCGAAGAUUCAGCUUCUACCAGCCCCUCAAGGCGUCACCCUCAAGACCCCCGUCACCGUGCCCCAUCCCGUGCUCCGUCUCGCACGCCAUCUGGCCAGCACCACAGGAGUGUAGCACACAGAGUGCCCCCUCAUUACGACUACGAUUAUCGGCAGGCGCCGAACCCCUCUGCCAGUCUGGAUUCAGAUUACUACGGCCGUAGCGCCGUCUACCCACCGCCGGCUGGGGGAAACCAGUACUAUGCUGGUGGUCGUGGCGGAUACCCCCAGAGCCACGUUGGCGGCUAUGCGCCCCCAUAUGGUGGCAAUGGGCAAGUAGUGCCUUACGGCCCGACUUCCCAUUAUCAGAACCCGUUCGCCCCAAUAAACGGAAAUUCUGGUAAUUACUUUAACAAUGAACAUAGGUGGCCUGGUGGCAAUGAGAUGAUGCCGUUCGGCGGUGGUGCGGCUCAAAAUUACUUCGGCGGCCAACCGUAUCCUGUGCCCCACGGCAUGGCACAGUACCAAUGGUCUCCUCCUCCGCCUCCGCCAACGGAUAUCGGUGGCCCGUCUCGAACGCCCGCUCCAGCCCCCGCUCCUGAGCCUCCAAAAGAUGACCCCGAAAAGGAGGCCAUGAAAAAGAAAUUGGCUGAGAUUGAGGCCGAGCAGAAGAGGAAGGAAGAAGAAGCAAAGCGGAAGGAGCUUGAGGACCAAAUUAGACGGGAGGCAGAGCUGGCUUUCCAGCGUAGAAUGGAGCAGAUGAAGAGGGAUGAGGAGAUUCGUGCCGAGGAGAGGAAGAUCGCGUUGGAAAAACUAACUAAAGACAUCGAAGAUGCAAAGAGGGCAACCGAAAAAGCUGAGGCAGAGCGUGCUCGUAGGGAAGCGGAAGCCAUUGAAAGAGCUGAGCGAAACGCGCGCGACAAGUUAGAAGCUGAACAAAAGGCUGAAGCUGAGAGGAAGAGGAAAGAAGCUGAGGCUGCCGCCCUCGCCGAGGCUGCCCUUCAAGCUAAGCUGCAGGCCGCUAUCCGGGCUGAAGCCGAGGCGAGAGAAGCAGCAGCCAGGAAGGCCGCAGAAGAGGCUGCGCAGAGACAGAAAUUUGAAGAAGAGGCUAAGGCAAAAGCAGAGCUAGAAGCCCGCAAAAAAAUAGAAGCCGAAGAGGCGGCUAGGGCUGCUGCCGCUGCAAAGGCUGCGGAAGAAGCCGCACAGAGAAAGAAAUUUGAGGAAGAGGCUAGGGCAAAGGCAGAGUUGGAAGCUCGCUUGAAGUUGGAGGCCGAAGAAGCUGCGAGGGCGGCGGCAGCAAAGGCGGCGGCAGAAGAAGCAGAGAGGCAGAAGAGAAUAGCAGAAGAGGCUAAGUUCAGAGCCGAGAUGGAGGCUCGUAAGAAGCUAGAAGAAGAAAAGGCGGCGGCGGAAGCGGCCAAAGCCGCUGAGGAGGCUAAAAAGAAAGAGGAAGAGGCGCUCAAGAAGAAACUCCUAGAAGAGGCCAAACUCAAGGCUGAGGAGGCGAAUAAAAAGAGCCUUGGUAAGGACAAGGCACCUAUCCGUUUCCAGGAUGCCGUGGGAAGAAAAUUUACCUUACCUUUCAACCUAUGCCAGACCUGGCAGGGUAUGGAGGAGCUCAUCAAACAGGCCUUUGAUCACGUCGAUGUUAUUGGCCCUCAUGUACAAGCUGGACACUAUGACCUUAUUGGGCCAAACGGUGAGAUAAUUCUCCCCCAGGUAUGGGAGAAGGUAGUUGAGCCUGAUUGGGCGGUUACAAUGCAGAUGUGGCCUAUGGAUCGGCCAGCAGCCAUGCCUCAAGGAGGAGCUAUAAGAGGCAUGCCUGGCAGGCCAGGAGGAGUUCAUCUACCCGGUGGCCCGUUCCCACCCCAAGGUCUUAGGCCGCAGGGUCAACCACGCCCAAUGGGUGUCCCUCAACCUCCGCCGACUCAUCCUAUGGUGAUGAAUCCGGGUGGAAUCCCCAGUCACUUAAGGGGCCAGGUUCCGUUUGACGGGCGUCCUGCUGGGGGUCCCGUUGGAGGGAUGCCUCCAACAAUCGUUCAAGUUAACAAGCCACCUUCUAAUAAGAAGCCAGCCAAAAAAGUCCAGAGCGGUGUACUUGGGUGGAUAGGCGGCGGAACUCCGAAACCUACCAAAAGCAAGAGUAGUAAAACUAGGCGAUAAGCUGUAAUCUAUUCGUACGUGCUUUGGAGAUAUCUGAAGGACCUGAUCUGGUUGAAUAUCGAAUCCCAAUUCAGUCCCGUGCCUUUUCGCAAACAGGGCCAAGAGUCCUGAUUUUUCUAGUCCUAUCAUCGAUUUCUUUUUCGAGGAGUUCUGCGACGGUCUCCAGUAAACAGAUUCUGCAUUAUACCCCCGGCUCGAGACGACGUCAUUGUUUAAAGCGGCAUUUUUUCGCGGGCUUU